AUGGCUGCGGCGGCAGCGCCGACGCGGGCGCAGCUGGACGAGGCGUCGAGGGCUCUGCUCCGGGGGGUCGAGCUCGCGGCCAUCAGUGUCAAGGCCUUCAGGCACAGGUUGGCGGCCCACUUGGGUUUGCAGCCUGACGGCUUGGACGACAGGCGGGAGGAGGUCGGAGAGAUCCUCCGCGCCGCAGUGCAAGCGUCGACCCCGGAGGGCGCACAGGCCGCGGUGGCCGCCGGCCCCGUUGGCCCAGACUGGGGCGCCCCAGAGAACGCGAAGGUUCGGCAGUGGGUCUACUUGGUCACCUUCGCGCCGACGCUCCCAGGGACCGCCGAGGCCGCGGCCGCCGUCGGCGGACCCGCCCUCAGGACCUUAGACGAAGUCUCGCGAGAGCAGAUCCGGGACGCCAUCCUGGACGCCGUGGCCAACCCUGGCGGCAGGCCCCUCAACGAGCCCGUCGGCGUCGAGUCGAUGGUGGUGUUCCUCGAGGAGCCGCGCCACUUCCACGUGGCCCUGCGCUUGACUAACAAGGCGUCGUUCUUGCCCUUUAAGCUGGCCCUGCGAGCCCGCUCCGCGUUGGCGUCGCACUGGAGCGCCACGCACACCAUGUUCUGGAGCGCUGUUCGGUACGGGGUUUUUACGACGCCCCGAAAGCUCCAGGUCGACGACGAGCCGUUGGCCUGGUCGCGCCAGGGCACCUCCUUGAACCUGUACGAAGCCAGCCAGGAACCCUUCAACGCCAAAGCCCUCAAGAGACGGCGGGAGGAGGCCGAGAAGCAGGCCGCCAAGGUGGCCGAGGAGACGGGGUCCAAGAAGGAGCGGGUCAGGUUCACGAAUGUCGACUUCAAGGCGCUGGUCAUCAGCGAGGGUCUGUGGACCAAGAGCGCCGUGUUGGCGCACGUGCAGGAGAACGGCAGUGCGGAGAUCCAGCGCUGGGUGGGAGCUAGGCAGGGGCAGCUGGUCACUCUGCUCGCGGAGGCGAGGGAGUGGAGCGACGCCCCGCGGGCCGCGGCAGAGGAGCGCCAGAGCGACUGGGAGGUCAUCUGCCGCGUGGCUGGCGAGUCGUGCAAGUGUGCGGACGGCCGCUGCCUCUGGCAGGAGGCGGCGCGGUCCUUCUUCGUCCGGAACACGAUGGUCCCCGAGGGCCAGCUGGCGCAUUGUCUGGCGAAGGUGAUCGCCGAGGGGCCCAGCAAGACGGCGCGGGUGCCCCUGAUCGCCGGGGCCAGCAACACUGGCAAGAGCACGAUGUUGGACCCCAUCGACGUCGUAUUUGGGAAGACGCACGUGCUCCACAAGCCGGCCGUUGGCGCGAACAUGCCGUUGGCUAACAUGACGAAGCCGGGCAAGAGGUUCAUGUACCUGGACGAGUUCUCUUGCGUGGAGUAUGCCUCCUUGCCGACCGGUCGGCCCACGCUCCCGGUUUCAACGCAGUUGAAGUUGUUCAGUGGGCAGUGCAUGGAAGUGCAGGUGUCGCAGCGGUUCCACGAUGGGAACCCUGACGCGUGCUGGGCCCGGGGGAUGGCGGUGACGUCGAAGUUGAAGGGCUUGUGGACGCCGCGCGGCGGUGUGAGCGCCGAGGACAUUGCUCACUUGCAGAACAGGUUCGAGCAGUUCACGGCCGACGGCGUGCCCUUGACCAAGGCGCAGCUGCGCACCGUGCCGCCCUGCCGGGAGAACUGGUGCAAGUGGCUCGUCGCCACCGCCACGGCGUUCGCCAAUGGGGCGCCGGCCGCCCCGCCGCAGCCCUCGCCGCAGCUCCGCUCCGCGGGCGGCGGCGCCGCGGCCGCAGGGGUGGAGGGGCUCUUGGCCCUGACGCGCCGCGUUUCCAUCCCCGAUGACGUGGCGAACGCCUUGCACGACGAUGCCCUGGCCGUGGGGGCGGCCAGUGUCUCGGAGCUAACGGCGGACGAUUGGGCGGCCUUGCCGUCGUGGGCGAGUUUGCUGCCCUUGCAACAGAGACGGGUGCUGUCUGCGAGUGCCGCGCCGCCGUUGCCACAAUUGAGGUGUUAGACACAUUUUAGAUUGCAGAAGUUAAAUAACGGCCCGCGUCUGCAGGCCGAACCGCGCCGUUGGCUCAAGAUUCGUGUUCGUGUUCAUGACUGUCACCAAAUCAUUACCAUCGUGAUCAG